AUGCCAACCGAAGCAGCCAAGGCCUACGGGCCACUGGUACUGAGCGACCCCGAUAAGGCUGCAGUGGAUAUCAUCCUUAUCCAUGGUCUUGGUGGAGAUCGAACAGGAACCUGGACAGAGCGUGCGGCGGAUGACAAACAAAAUCCGUGCUUCUGGCCACGUGAUCUACUUCCUGUCAACCUUCCCGACGCGCGCAUCAUCACAUGGGGCUAUGCCGCAGCAACGAUCAAGCCGUUGAAUGUCGUAUCGAUUGCAAACCCAACGCAGCACGCGGAGAAACUCUGCUCAGAGCUAGCAAGCCUUCGAGUUGGUGUCCUUGAUCGCCCGAUCCUUUUCGUCGCUCAUAGCAUGGGGGGUAUAGUAGCUAAGAAAGCCCUUCUCAAUUCGCAAGACUCCAAUGUCGACAAUAUCGCUUCUUUGGUAGAUGAUACGCGCGACAUCAUCUUCAUGGGUACACCUCAUUGUGGCUCAGAGUUGGCUAAUGUUGCCUCGUUCCUCACCAAGAUCGUCCGCAUCUUCCACUCAGUCAACUCUUCGAUGGUCGAGGAGCUUCAAAGCCAGAAUGCGCAGCUGCAAGACACCGAUCGACGCUUCCAUCAACUUCUUGCUAAGCAUGUAGGAACAAAAAGUGCCAUAGAAGUAUGCUGCUUCUGCGAGAGCGUCCCUUUGUCCGGAUUCGGUAUCAUUGUUCCAGAUUACUCGGCCGCUCCGCCGGGGUAUGAGCGUAUCGUUGUGGAUGCGAAUCAUGUGGAGAUGACGAAAUUCUCGAAAAGAGAGGACCAGACAUACAAGAAUGUACUGGCGGAGCUGCGGCGAAUGAUCGAGUUGACGAAGGAGCAGCGCAGAGAUGAGAGCGACCCUAGCAUGCAGAGAGGCGAUGUCACCCACGUUGGUAACAACGAUCGAGGUGCCUUGGCCAACUACGGCAGUCAGACCAUCGGUACGGGUAAUGCAGGCUCAACCCAUUACGGUAAGUGA